UUGUCAUUUACCUUUGUGCUCUGCUCUGUGAGGGACUUUUAUUUAUUUAUCACGUGGAUUAACCGGAUUUUGCAUUAAAAGCAAAGUUUAAUUUGUUUUAGAAUUAAAUAUUAAGUUAGAUAUUCGAGAAUUUGUUGAAGAGAAUGGAUUUUAAUUCUUCUAUCACUCCGGGCUUCUGUCCCGAAUGUGGUUCUAUAUUACCCCUGUUACGGAUGAGCGGGAGUGUAACUUGCUAUAACUGCCACAAGAGUUAUAACGAAGCAGUCUUUGGAACCAUGGAAGUGGAAUACACUAUUCAUUUUAACUCGUACGAAAACAAGAAAUCUGCCCAGCACGACAAUCGAAAUGCAGCUGAAGAAGAAUCGGACGGACCGAUUGUGUCACGACGGUGUCCAAAGUGCGGCAACGACAAAAUGUCUUAUGCGACCCUUCAACUUCGAUCGGCGGAUGAGGGGCAGACGGUUUUCUUCACAUGCAUCAAGUGCAAAUUUAAAGAGUCGGAAAAUUCUUAAACAGCAUAAAAUGAGCUUUACCUGUCGUAUAAACAACAUCAAAUGUCAACCGUUUUAUAAACGUACCGAGUGUGCAAAUAACUCAGUCACUAAAAUAAAAAGAUUUCAUUCAUUUUGGACGCUUUUGUAAUUUCUGACCGUGCAGCCCGUCGGGUUUGUAUACUUUAA